UUUUGUUUAUUAUCGACUGUCGAUAAUAAACAAAACAUUUUCUCUUUUUCAAGAUUGCAUAGUCUUUUGAUUUUAUUUUUUGCGAAAAUUAAAAAAAUGCAGCUUACUGACAAGCAGUUUUAUACGAAAUAAAAUGGAGCACGGCAAAUGUUGACGUAUAUGCGCCACAAUCGGCUACACGACUACGCAUGCAGCUGAUCGUGUGAAAACGCAUGGCGCCUGAAAAUUUAUUCCUGCAGUGGUUUGGGUCAGUCUGGGUAUUCCUGGGCUCAAAAUUUUCCAUUCAAACAGAUUUCAGCGUUAUUUAGGGGCGCAAGAUACGCAUCUUGGACUCACCUACCGCGAGUACAGCAUGGUACUGCUGUGUCAAGUGGUUAUAAACAUCUAUCACUGCAACUUUGAUUUGCUGCGGGAGGAAGACUGAUAAGAAUUGAAUUUCCACAAGAAGUUGAAUCAGAAAGUCAUCUUAUUUCAAGAACAAUAAUGAGCGAAGACGCCUUUAAUGGGAGCUCUCAGCCCCUCAGUUUCCUUGAGCCAGAGGAAAAUGAUAUGCUGGGUGCUGAUACGCAGGGGUCAGAGUUUGACUUCACAGAUUUUACUGUACCUUCGCAAAGUCAAACACUUCCAUCACAGAUUGACCUGGCAUCUCAACUGAAUGGCCAAACCCUGAACGGUGAUAUCAACCAGGUGGCCUCCCAGCUGGGUGAGCUCCAGUUCGAAGAGGAAGAUGAAGAUGGAUUUUACAACAAGGAGCUGCCCGCCCACGCCUGCAAGUACUGCGGCAUCCACGACCCCGGCUGCGUGGUCAUGUGCAACAUCUGUAAGCGCUGGUUCUGCAACGGGCGCGGCAACACGUCCGGCUCGCACAUCGUCAACCACCUGGUGCGGGCCAAACACAAGGAGGUGACGCUCCACCGGGACGGCCCGCUCGGGGAGACGGUGCUCGAGUGCUACUCGUGCGGCGUGCGCAACGUGUUCGUCAUGGGCUUCAUCCCGGCCAAGGCGAACUCUGUGGUGGUGCUGCUCUGCCGGCAGCCGUGCGCCGCCCAGACCGCGCUGCGAGACGUCAACUGGGACCCGGAGCAGUGGAAGCCGCUGAUCCUGGACCGCAGCUUCCUCUCCUGGCUGGUGAAGGUGCCCUCGGAGCAGGAGCAGCUGCGCGCCCGCCAAAUCUCCGCCCAGCAGAUCAACAAGCUGGAGGAGCUGUGGAAGGAUAACGUGGACGCCACCUUCCAGGACCUGGAGAAGCCGGGAGUGGACGAGGACCCCAACCAGGUCCUGCUCCGGUACGAGGACGGCUACCAGUACCAGAAUAUCUUCGGGCCGCUGGUGAAACUCGAGGCCGACUACGACAAGAAGCUGAAGGAGUCGCAGACGCAGGACAACAUCGAGGUACGCUGGGACCAGGGCCUCAACAAGAAGACGAUCGCCUACUUCAGCAUGGCCAAGACGGACGGCGACAUGCGUCUGAUGCACGGCGACGAGCUGCGGAUCCGCUACCUCGGCGAGCUGCACAAGCCCUGGUCAGGCGUCGGCCACGUCAUCAAGGUCUCCGACAACCGCGGCGACGAGGUCGGCAUCGAACUCAAAAACAACUCUGGCAUCCCGCUGGAGUGCACGCACAACUUCGUGGUGGACUUUGUGUGGAAGUCGACGUCGUUCGACCGGAUGCAGGCGGCGCUGAAGAAGUUUGCCGUGGACGACCAGUCGGUGUCGUCCUACAUCUACCAUCGGCUGCUCGGGCACGAGAUCGACGAGGUGCUCUUCCGCUGCCACCUGCCCAAACACUUCUCGGCGCCGAACCUGCCCGAGCUGAACCGCUCCCAGGUGUUCGCCGUCAAGUCGGCGCUGCAGCGGCCGCUCUCGCUGAUCCAGGGCCCGCCCGGCACCGGCAAGACGGUCACCUCGGCCACCAUCGUCUACCACCUGGUGAAGCAGACGCACGGCAGCGUGCUCGUCUGCGCGCCCUCCAACAUCGCCGUCGACCAGCUGACCGAGAAGAUCCACCAGACGGGGCUCAAGGUGGUGCGCGUGUGCGCCAAGUCGCGCGAGGCCAUCGACAGCCCGGUGUCGUACCUGGCGCUGCACCACCAGGUGCGCAACCUGCCCAGCUCUGGCGAGCUGCAGAAGCUCCAGCAGCUGAUGGACGAGGCCGGGGAGCUCUCGGCGGCCGACGAGAAGCGCUACCGCAUCCUGAAGAAGACGGCCGAGAAGGAGCUGCUCGAGGCCGCCGACGUCAUCUGCUGCACGUGCGUCGGCGCCGGCGACCCGCGGCUGGCGCGACUGCGCUUCCAGUCGAUCCUCAUCGACGAGAGCAUGCAGGCCACCGAGCCGGAGUGCAUGGUGCCGGUGGUGCUGGGCGCCAAGCAGCUGAUCCUGGUGGGCGACCACUGCCAGCUGGGCCCGGUGGUCAUGUGUAAGCGGGCGGCGCGCGCCGGACUCUCGCAGUCGCUGUUCGAGCGGCUGGUGGUGCUGGGCAUCCGGCCGUUCCGGCUGGAGGUGCAGUACCGCAUGCACCCGGCGCUCAGCCGAUUCCCCUCCGACUUCUUCUACGAGGGCAGCCUCCAGAACGGUGUCGUGGCGGACGAGCGUAAGCUGAAGACGGUCGACUUCCCGUGGCCGCAGCAGGAGACGCCCAUGUUCUUCUUUGUCACCUCCGGCCAGGAGGAGAUCGCCGGCUCGGGCACCUCCUACCUGAACCGCACCGAGGCCGCCAACGUGGAGAAGGUGGUGACCCGCUUCCUGAAGGCCGGCCUGAAGCCGGAGCAGAUCGGCGUCAUCACGCCGUACGAGGGCCAGCGCAGCUACCUGGUCACCACCAUGCAGUACCAGGGAUCGCUGCACGCCAAGCUCUACCAGGAGGUGGAGGUGGCCAGCGUGGACGCCUUCCAGGGCCGCGAGAAGGACGUCAUCAUCAUGUCCUGCGUGCGCUCCAACGAGCACCAGGGUAUCGGCUUCCUCAACGACCCGCGACGACUCAACGUGGCACUCACACGAGCCAGGUUCGGUAUCAUCAUCAUCGGCAACCCGAAGGUGCUGUCGAAGCAGCCGCUGUGGAACCACCUGCUGACCUUCUACAAGGAGCAGAAGGUGCUGGUAGAGGGCACCCUCAAUAGCUUCAAGGAGUCGAUGAUCCAGUUCGCCAAGCCGCGGACACUGGUGAACAACCUGAACCCGGGCCAGCACUUUAUGAGGACGACCACGUACGACGCGCGCCAGGCCAUGGUGCCGGGUAGUAUGUACGACCGCAGCGGCCAGAUGGCCGGCAUGGCCAACCCCUACAUGGGACGCGGUAUGGGCAUGGUGGACUUUUCCCGCACCCACGACCCGAUGGGCUACAUCUCGCCCGAGCACGCGCAGGCGGCGCUCAACGUCUCGCUGCCGGUCAGCAUGUUCAUGAACAUGUCGCACAUCCCGCCGCGCUUCUUCAACCAGCACCAGCAGGCCGGCAUGCAGGGACGCGACUCUGGCCGCGGCCGGGGCGGCAGCCGGCGCGGCCGCGGCGGUCGGCCCAGCACGGCCGGCGUCAACUCGCAGGGCUCGCAGGGCCUGUCCCAGCAGGGCUACAGCCAGGACGGCACUCAGCAGUACACCCAGCAGCAGGGCGGCGCCCAGCUCACUCAGAACAUGUCCCAGUCGAUGUCGCAGCCGGGCGGCGGGUUCAGCCUGUCGCAGCCGGGCCUGUCGCAGCCGGAGCUCUCCCAGGAGCCGUACGCUAUGGGCGAGUUCCACUCGCAGGCCGACGGGCUGCUCUCGCAGGACUCCACCUACCAGGGCGACCGGAGCGCCUUCCUGCCGGGCGCCUCGCAGGGCGCCCAGUUCUCCCAGCCCUACUGAGCGGCGUCCGGUCCUGCUGAGAUAGAACGGCGACAAAGUGGUCAGCCACGGUGCGGCCCGGGAAUCCCGCAUUCACACUCGCAGACAGACCAAGAGACGACGCAGGAGCCCUGGAGGCGCAGGAGCCACCACUCCUGAGGAGGGCGCCCGCGCAGGAGACGACGCGGAGAGGCGAGAGCCAUUCAGCGGCCAUCAGCCGAGCUUUGGAGAGCGGAGGAGCCGCAGGGAGAGAGGUAUGCCAGAGCGGAGGGAAGAGCAGCAGGAGGAGGAGCAGUCGCGGCAGGAUAACACGGAGCCCACACACCAGCCAGCGGGCGCAGUGAUCCGGCCAGUCAGCCAGCCAGAGGCGGAGGGGCGGCCCUUACCACACAACUAGCGCUGCCGAGCCGCCGCGGCGGGGCGCGCCGGGCAGUCGCGACCGCCGCUGUGCCUACAACCGGCCACCGAGCGGCCGCCAGCGGAGCCCCACCAGCCACAGAAAGCGGUCCCACCAGCCGCGGAGCGGCCGAUGAACCCCACCCAGCCGGCCAGUCGGUGGGACGGAGGGCGGCGGCGGUCCGCCGGGACAGCACUGGGCGGCGGGUGACGCGACCGUCCGCGGCCAGCUGCACGGGGACCCUGGAGAGGCCGUCUCCCGGCCGGCGGCCUCGCGCCGGGUCCCGCCCCAGGCCGGGCCCGUCAGCGCGGUUCAGUUUUGAUUGUCAGACUGCCCGACUUCCCGGAGUCGCUCUUUCUCUCUCUCCUUCUAUGAUUCUUGUCGAAAAGGCGACGGCGGUCAGAGCUUGGCCGAUUCUGUUUUUGGGUGCUAAUUUGGUUUUAUGACGUGGUUAAUAAAUUUGUUACGCUUGCUGAUGCUUUGAAUACAUUUAGUUUAAGAA